AUGGUGGGUCCGGCAGCAGCCCUGGUCCUCCUCUGCAUGGCCAUGGGGCUGGAGGCCAGCCCAGAGCUCUCGGGGUACCUGCGCAAAGUGCUGAGGAACCACACUGCCCACACCUGCGACGGUGAGCAGCUCCUCAUUGUCUGCCCUCGCAAGACCACCAUCAGCAUCCUCAGCGCGUUCUACGGCCGCCGCGUGCCCAGCGCCAACCUCUGCCCCAGCCCUGGCAACAUCUCCCAGGAGAGCACCGAGUGCACGUCCAGCACCGCCCACCUGAAGCUGCAGGCUGAGUGCCAAGACCAGCAGUGGUGCCAGUUCUCCGUGCACAGUCAGGUCUUUGGGCCAGAUCCAUGCCCUGGGACGCACAAGUACCUCAUUGCUUCCUACAAGUGCAGGCCAGGGAACCAUCGGAUCAAGACUGUGUGUGAGAAUGACAAGCUGAGACUGCAGUGCAGACCAAAAUCCAUCCUGGCCAUUUAUUCUGCAAAUUACGGACGAUUCCUGCGGGGGAAACCAGAAUGUGAUGCCUUGAAUGCUGGCAGGCCCCAUAUAGAGUGCUUGGCUCCAGACGCCCUGCGGAGGGUGUCCAAGAAGUGCCACCGCAAAGGGAACUGCACUGUGGCUGCUGACCAGGCCACCUUUGGGGACCCGUGCCUCCCUGGCAUGAAGAAACAGCUGCGAGUCUCCUACACCUGUGUGCCCAAGCAGCUGCUGGAGGAGGUGGGCCCUGACACCUCAGACCCCUUCCUGCUCUCAGACUACAUGCACGGUGGCUGGUACAAAGGGCCCAGAUUCUCCAGGCUCCGGGAAGACCGGAUGAUUUUUACUAACUCUCUGUCAACUUUUGCCUACCUCUGGGGUGUCCCGGAGAAAGCCGGCCUCUACUUCCUUUGCGGGGUCUCGGGAGGCCUGAUGAUCCUGCUGUGCAUCGUCAGCCCCAAAACCACCUUCCUCCAGGAGGUGGGGGAGGCUCUCAAAGACCCAGAGCUGGGGAGCAGCUCGGAGCUGAGCAGGGCCAAGCUGCGGGAUGAGCAGGACGAAGACCUUCCUGACGACAGCUCCUCUGAUUCCUCCUUCCGCCGCCUCACCCACACUUACCGGGCCACCGACAGCAUCUUCAGCCCUGAGCUGACAGCAGCCAUGGAGGGAGCAGUGGAGCACCAGGGCCGUGGUGGGGAAGAGAUCUGGAUGCCCAAGGAGUCGAGCCCGUAUGCCAUCCACAAGAUCAAAUCAGCCACCAAAUAA